AUGCCUGGAGACAGAGAUGACGAGAUUUGUCAAAAGGCACUUGAACUCCUGUCAGAUCUUUGUUCGAAAGGGGAAGUGCAGAACGAUAACUGCCUGGAUUUUAUCUACUAUUUCCGAGACCUUGCCAGGCCACGAUACACGGAUUCAGAUAUAUCGGUGAGUCUGCUGUCACUGGUAGUGACUGCCUGUGGCUUAGCCCUGUUUGGGGUGUCCCUCUUUGUCUCCUGGAAACUCUGCUGGAUACCAUGGAGGGAGCGUGGGCUGUCCCCCACAAUCAAGGAAGUCCAUGGGCACCUCAACCCCACCAUGAGCCCUCUGCCAUCACAGCUCGCACCCAGACAGCCAGUUUAUACCGCCGUGGACCCCCCCUCACACAACCGCCGUGAGUCAUCGCAAUGCUCCAUCGCCAGAGAGCCCACUCCAGUGGCGUCUGUGGUCUCAGUGGAGGCUCCAGUGACACCCGUAUCGCCACCACCUGUGGUUAUGGCCACACCAGAGGCAGCUAUGAAGAUCAGUCACACAUCUCCAGACAUUCCACUGGAUGCCCAGAAAAAAAGCAGGGAAAAUGGGGUUCAUACUAACCCUCGUAUGCAGAGACAGACGACUGAACCCCCACCCUCUGGCCGCUCAAUGUCUGAAAUUGGACAAGGGACCAUUCGCAGACAUAUGAACCUGUCCAACCCAGACUUCAAUGUGGCCCAAUUCCAAAGGCAGGAUUCCCUCACUGGAAUGGGGCUGGGCCUUGGCCGCCUCAAACCUGAGCUCUACAAACAGCGCUCCCUUGAAGGGGAUGAAGGUGGUCGCAGGGGUGGAGGCUGUGGACGUCUCCACUUCAUCCUAAAAUUUGACUGUGACCUGGAACAGUUGAUUGUUAAGAUUCACAAAGCAGAGGACCUCCCAGCCAAGGACUUCUCUGGUACCUCUGACCCUUACGUUAAGAUCUAUCUGCUGCCUGAUCGGAAGACCAAGCACCAGACCAAGGUGCACCGCAAGACGCUGAACCCUGUAUUUGAUGAGGUCUUCCUAUUUCCUGUGGCCUACUCAGAGCUUCCCACACGUAAGCUGCACUUCAGUGUCUAUGACUUUGAUCGCUUUUCACGCCAUGACAUUAUUGGCCAAGUGGUUGUGGACAACUUCCUGGAUCUGGCAGAUUUCCCCAGGGAGACAAAACUCUGCCGGCAAAUCCAGUACGUCUCGUCGGAUAAUGUGGACCUCGGGGAUCUGAUGUUUUCACUCUGUUACCUGCCUACUGCAGGCAGAUUGACCAUUACAAUGAUAAAGGCUCGCAAUCUCAAGGCCAUGGAUAUCACCGGUGCAUCUGAUCCAUACGUAAAGGUUUCACUAAUGUGUGAUGGUCGCAGGCUGAAGAAAAGGAAGACAUCAACCAAGAGGAACACUUUGAAUCCAGUGUAUAAUGAGGCCAUUGUUUUUGAUGUCCCUCCAGAAAACAUAGAGCAGAUCAGCCUUUUGAUUGCAGUGAUGGAUUACGACCGUGUAGGCCAUAAUGAGGUCAUUGGUGUGUGUCGGGUUGGCAAUGAUGCAGACAGCCUCGGUCGAGACCACUGGAGUGAAAUGCUCACAUAUCCUCGAAAACCUGUCGCCCACUGGCAUCCUAUAGUUGAGUACCAGGGUACCACAGGUAGUAGCCAGGGAGGAUCCUGUAAUUCUCUGAAGACACCUCCUUCUCCGUAG